AUGUUAAAUGUACAAGUUUUUAUUUUCUAUUUAGGUGCUACAGAAAUCAACUGCUGCAGAGGAUAUUGCGUAGAUUUAUUGAAAGAACUAUCUAAAACUAUUAAUUUUACGUACAGUUUAUCACUCUCGCCUGAUGGACAAUUUGGGAACUACAUAUAUAAGAAUAAUAGUACUGCUAAAAAGGAAUGGACAGGUCUUAUUGGAGAAAUCGUGAGUGAAAGAGCUGAUAUGAUUGUGGCACCUUUAACAAUUAAUCCAGAAAGAGCAGAAUUUAUUGAGUUUAGUAAACCAUUUAAAUACCAAGGUAUAACCAUUCUGGAGAAGAAGCCCUCUCGAUCUUCAACUUUAGUAUCAUUUUUGCAACCAUUUAGUAAUACGUUAUGGAUUUUGGUUAUGGUUUCCGUCCACGUUGUUGCCUUAGUUCUGUAUCUUUUAGACAGAUUUUCUCCUUUCGGAAGAUUUAGGCUUGCAAACACUGACGGAACAGAAGAAGAUGCACUUAAUUUGUCAAGUGCAAUAUGGUUUGCAUGGGGUGUUUUGCUGAACAGUGGGAUAGGAGAGGGCACUCCACGAAGUUUUUCUGCACGAGUACUAGGAAUGGUUUGGGCUGGAUUCGCAAUGAUAAUAGUUGCAUCGUACACAGCAAAUUUAGCUGCAUUUCUUGUUCUCGAACGACCAAAAACUAAACUUACUGGUAUAAAUGAUGCAAGGUUACGGAAUACUAUGGAAAACUUAACCUGUGCCACUGUGAAAGGAUCAGCAGUAGAUAUGUAUUUUCGAAGACAAGUAGAAUUAUCUAACAUGUAUCGAACAAUGGAAGCUAAUAACUACAAUACUGCUGAAGAAGCAAUAAGAGAUGUCAAAAUAGGGAAGCUCAUGGCGUUUAUUUGGGAUAGCUCCCGUCUAGAAUUUGAAGCAGCACAAGAUUGUGAAUUAGUCACAGCUGGUGAACUUUUUGGAAGAUCUGGUUAUGGUAUUGGAAUGCAGAAACGGUCACCGUGGGUUGAUGCCGUAACACUGGCAGUAUUAGAUUUUCAUGAAAGUAAGAAUAAAAUCAUCAAUAUCAUUAUUUAUAAUUUUUUUUAAAUCUCAAAAAAAAAUUUAAUUAAAACUACUUUCUGUGUAAAUGUAAGUAAACAUAUACAGGUAUGUUUAUCUUUCAUAAAGAAGCGCUUUAAGGGUAAAGUCUUACGCUAGAUGUUCUCUUUCAUUACGGAUGUAAUGUCCCAUGUUCACACAUACUUUAGCAUUUACGUAUAUGUAUAAAGCCUGUACAACUGCAUUCGUUUACUCAUACAGACGACGUAUACUAAACUGAUUGUGACAGUACGAAACCGAUCGCCGAACAUCGGAGCGAGUGCUUUGACCUACGAGUCAGCACUUCUUAUACGCGCGUAUUACUGACUUAAUUUUGUACAUCAUCCUUGCAAGUCAGAUGUUGAUUGGUCGAUGGUUGCCGCGUUUUAUUUAAUUUCACAACUCCUUAAAUCGUCACCGAGGCUUUAAAAGUCCAGAAAACGAUCCACGGAGCGCCUUUUGUACAAGUAACCUGUGGUCGUGUAGCUAUACCCGGUCAGCGAGUACGAGUACUAUCCCUCUGUACGCACCGCCUAUUGAGUGCGUAGAAAACACUCAAACUCUGUGUGCAAGAUAUAGUAAAAUUCCUUGUUUUCUGGUUUGAGAGUCUGCAUCGCGCAAUAGGCGAAAGAUCCGUCGAUAGCAGACCGGCGUUAGUGGGAAACCAUAGAGCAACUUAGAUAAGAUCGUAAAACUUGCCACGAGUAAUCGUGUAGAGUAAGGCCAAUCAGUAUCUGACGUGCCACGAAGGACUAUCCAGUUCCAGGCCACAAAAGAGAACGAAUAUAUAAAUAUAUCGUAAGUUAAGUUUAAUCGUACAAACGUAAAAAGUAACUAUAAAUAAACCACCGUAAUACGUAAUAACAUCAAUACUAUAAUGACUGAAUUAUACAAAAUUGUAACAUCUGCUGAGUUCCGGGUCGUCUCCAAUAAAAAUAAACCAUAACAAUUAAUCAUCA